AAAGCCCUUUCUGUCCCCUCACCUCGGCCCUACUGUAUGAUGAGUGCUUUUGUGCACGGUCCGGCCCGAAUGGCCUGUUAGUGUAGAGUCCCCUACCGACGCCGAGCUCUCCCGAUGCGUGCGGGCUUUGUGGCUGUAGCUGCGGAGAUGCUGAGCGGUCCCUGUCGCCGGGCCACACCGGGCCUCGGAAGGCUUUUGCUGGUUCCCAUCAUCAACACUGUACCUCCGAUGUCCUGUUCGGGGAUCCGCAGGCUGCGCUCCACGUCCUCUAUGCAGGGCCUCUCGGAGCUGGCCCGGGAGAGAUCCAAAACAGUCACAUCCUUCUACAACCAGUCGGCUAUUGACGUCUCGGCCGAGAAGGCGUCUGUGCGGUUGACACUGGCCACGCUGCUGUACUCUGGUAAAUCUCCAGAUGGACAUCACAUCCUGAGCAGUGCCAAGUAUCUGCACAAAGAGCUACCAGUGAGGAUUGCUCACCGCAUCAAGGGCUUCCGCAGUCUGCCCUUCAUCAUCGGUUGCAACCCCACUAUCCUGCAAGUGCAUGAACUGUACAUAAGGGCCUACCACAUGCUCAGUGAUUUCCCCCAGAUUACAGAUCAGGACGCUGAGGCGCGCUUCUGUAAACUGGUGCAGCAGCUGCUCGAUGACCACAAAGAUGUGGUGACCAUGCUGGCUCAGGGCUUCAGAGAGAGCCGCAAGCACAUCCAGGACGAGAGCCUCAUCCGCAGCUUUCUGGACACAACAUUGUGCUCACGGCUGGGGAUCAGGAUGCUGGCCACUCACCACUUGGCUCUCCAUGAGGACAAUCCUGACUUUGUGGGCAUCAUCUGCAGACGACUCUCCCCUAAAAAGAUCAUCGAGAAGUGGGUGGACUUUGCCCGGCGUCUGUGUGAGCAUCAGUACGGGAACUCUCCGCGUGUGCGCAUCAACGGGCAUGUGGCAGCACGCUUUCCCUUCAUUCUGCUGCCCCUGGACUACAUCCUGCCAGAGCUGCUCAAGAACGCCAUGCGGGCCACUAUGGAGAGCCACCUGGACACUCCCUACAAUGUCCCCGAUGUGGUGGUGACCAUUGCCAACAACAACAUGGACUUUGUGAUCAGGAUCUCUGACCGCGGAGGAGGCAUUCCACACCACAUUCUGGACAAAGUCAUGGACUACCACUUCAGCACGGCCGAGGAGAGCGCCCAGGAUCCCCGCAUGAAUAACCUCUUCAAUAACAUCACCAACAGCGGCAACCAGUCUGGACCCAUGCAUGGGUUUGGCUUCGGGCUGCCCACCUCCAGGGCCUAUGCGGAGUACUUGGGCGGCUCUCUGUCUAUUCAGUCCAUGCAGGGCAUUGGGACAGACGUGUACCUGCGCUUGCGCCACAUCGACGGCAAAGGAGAGAGCUUCAGAGUGUAGCCAACUCACUGUGGGAUUCCUACUUUCAGUUUCUGUAUUGGGCUGAUUAUAAGCUAUGUUAGCUGUUCUUGUUUUGUGUUGUUUUGUACCUUUUGGCAUGUGCUCUUGUUUUUGAAGUAUAGGAGAUGUUUUGAUUUGGACAAAGUGCAUGUGAUUUGUGAAGCCGUGCAGCAGUAGAGCUUCUGUUUUAUUGAAGCUCUGUUCGAGUGAGUUGCCACGUGCCUCAGACCAUAAACAUUUGAACAUCUCUCCAUUUCACUGAUCUAAGGCCCAGAACCACUUCGACCUGUAUAGACUCCAGAGAGACCCAGAGCCUGUGGAUAUACUGUUCUACCACCUGACUGACUCCAUACAUCACCUGUUUUGUAUUUUAGUGGCGGCCAUGUAUGUAGUCAGGUGGGUUACAGGGCAUGCUGGGACCCAGGCCACUGCCUUAUCACCUCUGCCUCUGUUUUUUGCUCAUUUCUAUACUUAUUGUCAUUUUGUUGCCAUUACUAAAUCACACAUAACAUUUUAUUGUACAUUUUGCAGAGUAUUAAUAAUUUACCAGGAGAUUGAGUCCCUGUCAAAA